AUGAGGCCGCUUGGCUCUGAGUCUGUGAAUGUUUACUGCAUUCGCCUGGCAGGGCCCAGGGCACCGGGCGUGUCUGAAAACGAUGAGCAGACAGACACGCGCGGAGGCCGGAGCGGCUCCCCGAACGGGCGCCGCGGGGGUCCCGGCCCCGCCCCCGUGGCUCGUCGCACCGCCCCCUGCGGCUCUGGCCCCGCCUCCCGGGAGCCGCCCCGGCCCGGCCCGGGCUCCGCACGGGUGGGCUCCCGGCCCCGCCCGGCAGCCGGCCCCGCCCACUCCGGCCCGGCCCCGCCCACCGCGGCGCCGGCCCCGCCCCCGAGGCGCCCUAUUGGCCCGCGAGGGGAGGCCGCGGCGGGGAGGCGGGCGCGGGGCCGUGCGCGGCCGGCCGUGGCUGGGCCUGGCGUGGCUCCUGCUGGCGCGCGCGCCCGGCGCCGCGGGCACCCCCGGCAGUCGGCGGAGGCCGCGCGGCUCCCCGCACCUGGAGGGCGACGUGCGCUGGCGGCGCCUCUUCUCCUCCACCCACUUCUUCCUGCGCGUGGCCCCCGGCGGCCGAGCAUCUUCCAGAUCCGCUCCAUCCGCGUGGGCGUCGUGGCGCUCAAGGCCGUGCACACCGGCCUCUACGUGGCGAUGAAGCGCCGCGGCCGCCUCCACGGGUCGCGGGUCUGCGCUGUGCACUGCAGGUUCCGCGAGCGCAUCGAGGAGAACGGCUCCCGCACCUACGCGUCCGCGCGCUGGCGCCACGGCGGCCGGCCCAGGUUCCUGGCGCUGGACGGGCGGGGGGCCCCGAGGCGCGGGGGCCGCACGCGACGACACCACCCGUCCGCUCACUUCCUGCCUGUCCUGGUCUCCUGAGGCCCAGGGCCCCUGAGCGAUGGCUGGGCCGAGAUCGCCGGAGACGCCAGAGCCAGGCGGGCGGCCGGAGACCGAGGCUGGGGCAGGCCCAGUCUGGGGGAAGCUCGUGUCCGGUUACGCGCCGGUUUCACCUGCGUU